CACAAAAGGAAAUCUCAAGUGAAAACCAGUAGCCGUUUCAUCAUCAUCAUCGUUGAGAGCAUGACAUCAGAGUUCACCACCGAUGCUUCGCUGCCGUACAACCAUGAUUUAUUUGAAAGCCAUAUUGUGAGGAAAACAAUAAAUGUGGACGGGGAAGUUCCUACAUCUCGAGACACUCAUUCAGGCAAUCUAGAUAGAGUCUGGCAACAAGAUCGCCACCGACAUCGGUUGGCAGUCAGAUCUUACAGCUUCUCCAACCAAGCACUUCGUCAACUGUUGGACAGCAGAAUGUAUUUGGUGAACAACAAGGCAACUCAGGAAGAAACAACGAGACGAUAUUUGAUAUGUGCCCAAAAAGGUCUUGGCUCACCAUCGACAGAGGCUCAGCUGGAAGGUGAUUCGGCUGAGUGCCAAUUACAAAAGAGUAGGUUAGACCUCAUCUUCAUGCAUUACUCACCGCCUAUUGCGUCACUCCAUGUAUUGAAAAUUAUGAAAACUAAGAUACUUCGAUACCUGUUACCCAAAUCUUUCAGCUAUAGCACCCUUUUGAUGCCUAAAAGCCAUACUACCACAAGGAAGCACGGAGGCUGGGAUACUUCUGGGUCGCCCAAGCCCACACAGGGGAAUUCGAGAGGCAGAGGUCGGGUUCGAACUAAGGACCCUACGGUCAGUAACUCUGGGCUCUAA